UAUCGAAAAAAUACAACUUUUUACCCUGUACACCCUAUUUGGUAUAUAAAUGUAUCGUCGAUAAUCGAUUACUUGUUAUUAUCUGAAAGAAGGAAACGGAAGCAGACGAAAACAAUAACAUUAGAACUUGAACGUAUCACAUUGAAAGUUGAAAAUUUCUGCAAAAAUGGUUUAUUUUCUGCAGCACGUGUUGACUAAUUUUCGCGUCAACCUGCAGGAAGGUCCCAACUUUCUGGGACGCAGCCCCGCUUGCAGCGUGGUAUCCGAUUAUGCCCAGGUGGUGGCUGAUGGUGACAGGAUGUUCCUCAGGGACUUGGGAUCCACCUAUGGCAUAUAUGGGCGACUUGGCCUUGCGUUUCACGAAAUAUUCAUUGGCGACGAUGUGGCUUUUGGGGUCUCAACAUUCGGCCGCGAUUUUCAUACUCCGCUUACGUACGGUUGCUUUACCGUUCAUAUGGACUACCCCGAUUUGGAUGAUAUGAUCUUCUCGGACUCCGACGACGAUUACUAA